CUGUUCAUUUUCAUCAUUCGGAUUUGCAACACAAAACGUCAUUCGUUCAUUUUAUAUCUUCCACAGAAAGGUUAUUUUAGUAUCAUAUAUAAGCAUUUGUGGAAGGUUAACAGAUCCGCGAUAUCGGUGUUAGCUAUCAACUCUUCUGUCGAGAAAUGUGCUGAUAUAUAUUUGGGAACCAUUGGAAAAUUGGAAUUGUGAUAUUGAGUAGCUCCAGGCCAGCAGCAGCGGAUUGGGGGAGGUGGCAGCAUUCGGAAAAUCGAAUGAAAGCUUUAGCCACACUCAGUGUGUGUAAACGCUGUGAAAAACAAGGAAGCAAGGGGGAAAUUAUAUAAAGAAAAAGAAAACUCAAGGAGUUUUCAGUUCCUUCAACCAAACAAAUCAUCAGCUGAGAGUCGUCAUUGUUUCUUCUGCACAAAUUUGCAGCAAAUCAGGAAUAGUCGAGAAGAAACCAGCAAGCUACUGCACGAAGCUACAAAAUGUCAACUCCUGCUCGCAGACGUUUGAUGAGAGAUUUCAAAAGACUCCAGGAAGAUCCACCAACCGGUGUUUCCGGAGCGCCCACAGACAACAAUAUUAUGAUAUGGAAUGCUGUGAUUUUUGGUCCACACGACACACCGUUCGAGGAUGGGACAUUCAAGCUAACGAUAGAAUUCACAGAAGAAUAUCCCAAUAAACCCCCGACAGUACGCUUCGUGUCGAAAAUGUUCCACCCGAACGUUUAUGCGGAUGGCGGCAUCUGUUUGGAUAUUUUGCAGAACAGAUGGAGUCCAACAUAUGAUGUGUCAGCUAUUUUGACCUCGAUACAGUCUCUUCUAAGCGACCCUAAUCCAAACUCACCUGCAAAUUCGAUGGCCGCACAACUCUACAAGGAAAAUCGCCGAGAGUAUGAGAAGCGAGUGAAAGCAUGUGUCGAGCAGAGUUUUAUCGACUAGCCCCUUUCCCCCUGGAGCCGUUACGAAUACCCGUGUAGCAAUGCUGUUACAGCAAUUACUCAUUGCCCAUCCUUUCCCCAAUCCCCCCGUUGCUGUCUAAUAUACGUCCCCUUCAGUUAAAAAAAAUCUGACAAUUGAACAUGCCCUGCAAAUGAUUUCCAAUGUUUUAAUUCAUACUUAUCUACACGCAGAAGCUAGUAGUUGCAGGUAGUGACAAAAAUAAAACUGUCAAAUCGUAAUGCCAGAAAAAGGGUAAACACAAGUACUAAUAAAACCAGUAAUAUUCAAGUCAUACAGUUAUUUAUGAGCGAAUACAAAGCUGUAAAAUAUUUGUUUGACAUUAUCCACUUUCGUCAAACAUUUAAGAAAAGUAAAAAACAAACAAACAAGAUUAUCAAAAUCACAGUUGACAUGAGAAUAAAAAAAAACAUGUUCAUGUGAUGACUAGGCAGUGUUAAGGUAAUAGAAAAGCUUACACUGAUAUGUAUGAGCAAACCCAGAAAUGCGUACUACUAGAGAAAGAAAAACCACGAAAAAAGAAAGAAAAAGGACAUGAAUCAAGAUGAUACUACUUUCGAACUCUAAAACAUCUAUAAUUAGACUCAAAUGAAAUGUCAAAACGUUGAGGUAAUAACCCUUAUUUAAACCAUAAACAACUAAUUUAAAAAAAUGAAUGUACUAUAAAAACUCAAGGCAAAAAUAGAAAAAUAAAGCAAAAAAGAGUAUAAUUCACACAGAA